GGGCGGCGCGGAGCAGACGGGACGAGCGGCGGUCCGGCGGCAUGUCGGGCAGCAGGAAGAGCUGGGCCGCUCUGUCCAGCCUGACCCAGCAGUGGACCCUGGAGGACGAGGAGGAACAGGAGCGAGAACGCCGGCGGCGACACCGGAACCUGAGCUUCGCCGCAGACGACGAGGAUCUGCCCGCCCGGGACAAGGACCCACCGGCCCCCGAGAGGCUGCUGAGCGUGGAGGAAGCAGAGGGGCCCCAGCCACCGGCCCCAGACCCCAGAGAUGAGGAGGACAUCCAGGCUGUCCUGAGGACGCGGCAGGAGCGGAGGCAGAGGCGCCGGGAGGCCCAGGAGGAGGCCAGGCAGCCGCCCCCGGUGCCUGAGGAGCAGGUGCAGUUGCCGCCCGGCCGGAGACUGAGCCCGGAGUGCAGCUCCGCGGAGGGGAGCCUGGCAGGCAGGGUGCCUGUGGGCUCCGAAAAGCUGUCUGCUGAGGGGAAGACACUUGAGCCGGAAGCGAGCCUGGACCCUGAGACCCCUAGCCCCAGUAAAUGCUCCGUGUCCCAGAAGAUCGCUGUGCUGGAGGAGAGAGCUGUCUCAGGAAAGAGGGCGGUUCCAGACAAAGCCAGCAUCUCGGAGAAGAGACUGGUGUCUGAGAAAGCCACCGUCUUCAAGAAGACCCCGGCCCCCGAGACACAGCUGGCCCCAGGCAGGGCUGUGGCCCCAGCGCAACCCCAGGCCCGGGAGCACCCAGCCUCAGUGGGGCGCCCAUCCAGCCCUGGGGGGCAGCGGGACGCUGGACCUGAGAAGGAUCCCGAGUCCUCAGCGGGGCCUCUGCCCCGGGAGUGUGGCCUCCCGCCCGUCACUCUGCAGGUGAGGACGCCCUGCACGGAGGCCGAGGCCGAGGCCCCAUCACCGACACGGGCCUCGCCCACCUUCAGCAGCGCCCUGCAGCGCUCCAGCCCCCGCACCAUCUCCUUCCGGAUGAGCCCCCGGAGAGACAGCUCAGAGGUGGCCUUAACCCGCAGCGCCAGCAUGAGGCUCCCGGCCAGCUCAGUCAAAUUAGGCCCAAAGCUGGAGCGAUACCACUCGGCCAUACAGAGAUCAGAGUCCGUCAAGUGUGCAAGCCCGUCCCGCACUGAGUUCCUCAUGGCUCCUGUGGAUGUCGCCAGCAAGCGCCACCUCUUUGAGAAAGAGCUGGUGGGCCAGAGCCGAGAAGGCCCAGCCUCCAGCCGCAAGGAGAACUUGCAGCUCUCGGGGGUGGUGACGUCACGGCUCAACCUGUGGAUCAGCAGGACCCAGGAGUCAGCACAGCAGGGCCCUCAGAACCAGGAGAUGCAGAGGGAGUCGGCAGCCGGCAGGAGGCCCCAGUGGAGGAAGAAGCCAGAGCCCCCGCUGGGUGCCGAGGUGUGAGGAGCCAGUCUCAGGCCAGCAGCCAUGGCGGUCACCUCUCCCGCCCGCUUCCCGCCCUGGACCCGGGAGGACACUGGCCAGCAUCCUCCCCACCCCUCUGGAGCAGGCAGGCGUGCCCCGUGCCUUGGCUGGCUGCGGGCACUGCGCGUCUGUACACAGCCUUGUCACCCUGUCUACAUGGACGCCUGUUCUUCCUCUUCCUCUGGGGCUGUCGGGUCGCACCAGUGUCUCUGUGCACCUCUCCCCGCUGGCCCCCACCAUCCCUGCGCCGCCUGCCAGAUGCUGUGCCGACCCCUCCCGGGCCUUGCCUCACUCCCCUUCAUGCCCCACCUGCUGCUCUAGCCAAGCCGUCCUGUGCCCUCUCCCCACUCUCAGGAAAGAGAUGAUAAACUCAUUCACUCUCAGGUGUGACCAAUAAUACCUUAAAAAUCAUUCCUUCUGGA